UCCCCCUGCCCUCAAACCCUCUCUCUCCCCAUCAGCCGCGCGGCCAUCCCUGUCUGCAGUGGCAGGAGCCGGCGGAUGCUAACCACCGCGGUCGGUAAGAGACGAAAUGGUCUCGGGCCGGAUAAAAUCACCCGCUGGGCCACAUGCGGCCCGCGGGCCGCCAGUCGAACCACGCUGAUCUAAAGUGUCUGAUCACAGCAUAACCCGGGCCCCAAUUUACAAUAAAAGGGAACCAGCAAAGAGGAAAAAAGAAAUCCUCAGCUGAGAGCAAAGCCCAGGAAAAGGCAGAGGAAAAGCUCGGUGACGAAACAGGAAAAGUGCCAGUUCUGAGCUGGAAAAGGGGGAGAAAGAUAUAAAGCUGCAGAGAGAGAGAGAGAGAGAGAGAACAGGAGAGAGCAGAGGAGGAGUGAGUGUGAACUCAUACUUUCUAUUCUGCAAAAUACUCGAUAAAUAAGAAGGAAGCGACAUAAGAGGGAAUUGGUUCCAGCGCUGCCUCGUAAGCCAAGGACUGGGGUUGGAUUCCCAGACGGGGAGAAACCUUCGGCGAAUUUCCUUACUCCACACUGUGACCAGUGCAGACAGGAAUGACUCAUUGUCUGGGAGAAAGCCUGACAGUCUGGCUGCUGAUAUCUGUGGCACUGACACAGGCCAAUCCAGUUGACAUAACAGAACCACCACCUGAUGGACACUCAGUUGAAUUCCUGAGCAUCUCGAGGGGGAAGAUCAUCGCAGCUCAGUACGAGUGUUACCUGAAGAUGCUGAGGGAUGAGCCCACCACCAGAGAUGACUCGUAUUGUAAACGUACCUGGGAUGGCUGGUUGUGUUGGGAUGAUUCUCCAGCAGCCUCGAUCUCCGUGCAACACUGUCCAGAUUAUUUUCAAGACUUCAAUCCUAAUGAGGAAGUAACAAAGAUUUGUAAUGCGGAUGGUCAUUGGUUCCGACACCCGAUCAGCGACCGGACCUGGAGCAACUACACCCGGUGCUCAACCUUGAAUGAGGACUAUGAUCAGAAAAUCUGGAACCUGUAUUAUAUAAUAAUUAUAGGAAACAGCCUUUCCAUCGUCUCCCUGUUGGUGGCCUUGGCUAUUUUCUUCCACUGCAGGACCCUCAGCUGCCAGAGAGUCUCUCUCCACAAGAACUUGUUCCUGUCCUACACCCUGUGUGCUGGGGUCAAUCUCGGACACUUGUCAGCCAUCGCUUACUACCCACAGCUGCAAGACUUGAAUUCUGUUGAAUGUAAAGUGGUGCAGUUUCUUCACUUGUACUUGAUUGGCUGUAAUUACUUCUGGAUGCUGUGUGAAGGGAUCUAUCUGCACACACUCAUCAUCACAUCUGUCUUUGUGGAGGAGCAGAAGUUAGUUUGGUAUUACAUCCUGGGAUGGGGGUUCCCCCUCAUCCCUGCCAUGAUAUACGCCAUCGCCAGGAGUCUGUACUUCAAUGACAGCUGCUGGUUCAAUGUCGAGACUCCACUCAUUUUUGUUAUUCACGGGCCCAUCUGUGCAGCAAUGGUGGUCAAUCUGUUCUUCUUGUUGAACAUUGUGCGUGUGCUGUUCACCAAGCUGAAAGUUACCUAUCAGGUGCAGACAAAAUCCUACAUGAAAGCGGUGCGUGCCACAUUGAUUCUUGUGCCACUUCUGGGAAUCCAGGUUGUGCUCCUUCCUCUGAAACCCAAAGGUCCUUUGAGCAGUGAGAUCUUUGAGUACAUAAUGAUCACCUGUGAGCAUUACCAGGGCUUCCUUGUUGCAAUGAUAUUCUGCUUUUUCAAUGGAAAGGUGCAGUUUGCUGUACAGAGACAAUGGAUCCAGUAUAAGGUGCAAUGUGGGCUGAAUACUGAGCCCACUCACUCGAAUUUCAACACCACCUCAGAAUUCCCUCGUUUAAUGCUCCCACAUCCCGACGACAAGCACAGGAAUGGCAGAAGCCUGCCUGAAGCUUACACGGCCUCCGAAUCUGGGAACGCUGCACAGCCUGAGGCUCAGCUCAGUAAGAAAGCCCAGAGCCACAAAUCCUGUUUGUAGAUUUCUGCUAGAAAGAAAAUCAUCACAACGUUAAGAGGAAAAUUUAAGAUUGUCACAAAAAGAAAAAUGACAAAAUAAGAAUAUAAGAAUUUGCUGUGCGAAAGGACUAUCCAGUUCACUUUCUACCAUCCUGGCAGUCGCAUGUCAUGUUCGAUACUAUAUUUUGUAUCCCGAGAUGAAAUUAUCUAAUUUAUUCUUGAAUCAAUACCGUCUCUCUAGGGAGCCUGUUCUAUACAUUUACUACUUUCUCACUGAAGUGGUGUUUCUGCAGAUUUGUUCUGUAUUCACCCCCCACCCCCCGCCAUUCAAUCACAGGCCGUGUCCUCUGGGUCUACUAUUCAGUGCAACAAAAAAUAGCUUAUGGUCUAUGUCAUCUAUUCCCUUUAAAUCUUAAAGAAUGUAAUCGUAUCACCCCACAACCUUCUCUAAUGUGAACAAACCCAGUUUACCAAAUCACGCCUCAUAGUUAGGUCACUCCAUCCCCUCAGUCAUGUUGUUUGCCUUGCCUGUUUCCUACAAAUUGCUGCGAUAUCCUUUUUGCAUUGCGGUGACCGGAACUGCAACAUCAAAAACAAAUGACAUUUGUAUAGCAACUUUCACAUCAAGGGGACCUCCCA